ACGGUAACGGGUGUUUGUCCGUUUCUAAAUUAAAUGACAACAUUUGAAGAAGCGUAUGAACUUACUGGGCACGGUAGAUUCAAUUACCUAGCCUUGUUCACCAAUGGGUUCGUCCUGCUCUACGUGACCGUAGAAUGCCUGGGCCUGGGCUAUGUGUUGAACACGGCGGACUGCGACUUGGACGUCACUAUAGGACAGCGCGGCGCGAUUUCUGCUGCUACAUUCAUAGGUGUGGUGGCGCCAGCAAUAGUGUGGGGGUACCUCGGUGACAAGUAUGGGCGGCGUAAGACCAUGCUGCCCGCGACCGUGCUGGCCGUCGUUUUCUCCUUGCUAUCGUCUUUGUCUACGAACUUCUGGUCCAUGUUCCUGCUACGAAUUAUCACUGGUACUCUUAUUUCAGCUUCCUGUGCUACUGCGUACGUGUACCUGGGGGAGCUAACUUCGCCAUCUAGACGCGCCGCGUCCAUCGCAUGGGGCUCGGCCUUUAUCGCGGGUUCCUUUAUCGCCAUGCCCUUAUUCGCCUGGAUUCUGUUGCCGCUAAAGUUCUCUGUCGGCGACGGCGCCCUUAAAAUCGUGCCAUGGCGGGUCCUGAUGUGGGCGUACACACUCUGGGGCUCCACCGCCUGUGUCGGCAUGGCCAUCCUGCCCGAGAGCCCCUCCUACCUGCUGGCCACAAAGGGCGGCCCGGAAACCUUAGCAGUCUUGGCGAAGAUCUAUUCGUGGAACCAGAAAAAACCAGCCGCUGAGUACCCGAUAAAAGAGAUAGAUUGCCCUCCUAUUAACAGUCCGAAAUUUAAAGAAGCCAUAGCGCGAAUGAAAUAUAUGAUAAAGCCACCAUUGCUGAGAUGUGUUGUUUUAAGUCAUGUCUGUAACUUCAUGGUUUUUAUGCAGAGUAAUGCUUUUUAUGUGUGGUUGCCACACAUUGUGGACGAACUUUUGAGACACGGUCCGAAGAAGCCUGGCGUCAGCAUGUGUCGAAUUAUGAACGAAUUACACAGCAAUAUCGAUUUAGUAAUGGACGAAUGUGUUCCGGUUCAGAUGGAAAAACGCACGUACCCAAUAGCGACAGUGGUCGGAAUAAUUACAGCCAAUAUAUAUGCAGUCAUCGCUUUCGGGAUGAAAAGAGGCUGGGGAAAAGCAAUAGUGUACUGUAAGAUGGUUUUUAAGCUUUUUUUGUAG